AUGAGACUGGCUCAUGCGAGCAACGAUGCGGUUGUGAUAUCCGGCAGGAAGCUGGCCCGGCAGAUCAGACAAGAAGCCCGUCAUGAGGUCGAGCAGUGGGUAGCGGCUGGAAACAAGAGACCUCACCUCAGCGUUGUUCUCGUUGGUGAAAAUCCAGCGAGUCACUCCUACGUGCUCAACAAAACCAAAGCAGCUGCUGAUGUCGGAAUCAGCAGUGAAACCAUCCUCAGGCCGGCUUCUGUCACUGAAGAGGAGCUACUGGAUUUGAUCAGCAAACUCAAUAACGAUGCCAAUGUGGAUGGCCUGUUAGUACAGCUUCCUCUACCCGAACAUAUUGAUGAGCGCAAGAUUUGCAAUGCUGUGACUCCGGACAAAGACGUUGAUGGCUUCCACGUGAUAAACGUGGGGCGCAUGUGCCUCGACCAGUACUCCAUGCUGCCGGCUACCCCGUGGGGGGUCUGGGAGAUCAUUAAGAGAACUGGCAUCCCAACGCUGGGGAAGAACGUGGUGGUGGCUGGCAGGUCGAAGAACGUGGGCAUGCCCAUCGCCAUGUUGCUGCAUACGGACGGCAGGCACGAGCGCCCGGGAGGUAGGGGCUUAGUGGCCUCGGAGCCUGCCAGGGGGCUGCUGAGCACCACCGUGAGCGUGCGGUUCUGUUCUCUUCUGGCAGGCAUACCCAACCUGAUCACAGCUGACAUGAUCAAAGAAGGAGCUGCAGUGAUUGACGUGGGCAUAACGAGAGUGCAGGAUCCCGUCACUGCCAAAUCACGGCUGGUUGGGGAUGUGGAUUUUGAAGGGGUGAAGAAGAAAGCCAGCUACAUCACGCCGGUCCCCGGCGGAGUUGGGCCCAUGACGGUUGCCAUGCUGAUGAAGAACACCAUCAUAGCUGCCAAGAAGCUGUGGAAACCCAAAGAGCUGGAAGCAUUGACCGCUUAA